AUGGUGCCUGGUAUAACGACGGGGUCCGCGGUGGUCGAACCCCUUGCCGACGCCAAAGCGCUCGCCACGACGACGACUGCCGACCCAACUGCCAACCCGACUCCCAAGGUCAUCAACGGCCACUACCAGGCACCACAGCACGGUCCCGUCUACGAGGUCUCGCCGACGCCGCUGGGCACCAUCAAAAAGAUGCGCAUCAUCACCAUCGGGGCCGGCGCCAGCGGCAUCAACAUGGCGUACCAGACGAAAAAGCACCUGAAGAACGUCAGCCUGGUCGUGUACGAGAAGAACGCCGACGUGGGCGGCACCUGGACCGAGAACCGCUAUCCGGGGUGCAAGUGUGACAUCCCACAGGCGUUGUACAGCCUGGCACAGGCGCUAAACAUGUCUACACAGGCGUGCACAGGUGUGCACCGUCUACGCUGCCCUGUCUCUUCUGCCUACGCCACAACACCAUAUGCACGGUUAUAA